CUAAGCCGCGCGACCUUCCCUUGGCAGUUCCUUCCUGGUUACCACCCACCACGAGCCGGAGCAGCAAUAACAGCCAGUAACGGCGUCCACGGGGUGGUGCUGCACCUCGAUCGGUUUUCCUGGGCGUCAGGGGCACUGGAGCGGUUGCGUGCCUUUCUAUUGAGGACAUGAGAGAGAGGAAGAGGAGGAGAGGGGUAAAAGACGAAGAACAGAGACGGACGAGUCCUGCCUGCCUCCCUUCACCGGUCCCCGGCAGGGAUCACGCACAUAUUGACCCCCAUAAAUAGUCUGCAGCACUUCAGUUUAACUGACAGAUCGCAUCUGUGCUCCCAACUUGGACUGAUACAACAGUGAUCCAGUGACAGUCACGACAAAAGUCAAGCUGGCAGAGGAGACCGCAGCUGCCACCAUGUCAGAGCACGAGUAUGCGAUCUCGGUGCAAGAACUCAACGAGCUGUUAGCAAAUGACAGUGGGUUUUAUAGCCUCCCCAGUCAACAUUGCAACGAGGUUUUCCCCAGGAUCUACGUGGGAAAUGCGUUUGUUGCACAAAAUAUUAUGAGGUUACAACGUCUUGGCAUAACCCAUGUCCUGAAUGCUGCAGAAGGAAACUCCUUCAUGCAUGUGAACACCAGCAAAGAGUUCUAUACUGGUACCGGUAUUACAUACCAUGGAAUCAAAGCCAAUGACACAGAGAGGUUCAACCUGAGUGCCUAUUUCGAGGAAGCUGCAGAGUUCAUUAGCAAAGCUCUUUCUCAGAAGGAUGGUCGUGUCUUUGUACACUGUCGUGAGGGUUACAGUCGGUCACCUACCCUUGUGAUUGCAUACCUUAUGUUGCGUCAUAAGAUGGAUGUGAAAAUGGCUGUGUCUGCUGUCCGGCAAAAGCGGGAGAUUGGCCCUAAUGAUGGUUUCUUGCGACAGCUCUGCCAGCUGAAUGAAAAACUGGUGAAAGAGGGAAAGUUAAAACCUUGAAGGAGAGAAGAUUGUACUUUGUAUCAGCUGAUGGUACAGUCCCAAGAGUGAGCUUAAAAUAGAGACUGUCACGUUACUACUGCCUAAACAAACUAAUGAGUCAUGGACCUUAAAAUAUCCUGCCAGAAUAUAUCUUUUCUUAAAGAUGCACUUUCCUUUCUCUUUGGCACAUUGUGAACUUGUAAAACUGUGUACCUUUUUUAUGUGAAUCAGACAGGAGUACCUGCUCUAGUGGAAACAUGCAUAUGACUGUAAACCUGUAUAAAAAUAUAUUUAAAAAGUAUAAAAUAUGAUGUUCUUGCCAAGCCUCAUGUAAAGAGCAGAUUUUAUUUUGAAAUGCAGCAGUGCCAAGACUGUAGUAAUAGUAAACAUCUGAAACUUUUGGUGAAACUAGACAGCAGGUGUUUUAUUUAACAGAACAAAAAUAGUGUGAUUACUAGAAAUUGUUAGUAAAAAUGAACACGUGGGCGAUUUCCAACUUCUUAAUAAAGAGCCCUGGUGCCAUUUA